CUGCGAAGUAUAAUUUUAGAGAGACUUUAGUUCUGUGGCAAAGGAUCUAAAAUAUAUAAUUGUAAAGUAUAAACCGUAGUGUAUAGGUAUAUUAUAAUAAUUUAUUAUUUUUAGUUUAAGCAUUGACUGUUUAUUCCUCAAAUGUUUGUAUUAAAGUCAAUGACGUUUAAAGCGAAUAAGGUAUAAUAAUAUAAAAAAUAAGAAUGAGUUUCACAUACAGUACUCCAAAGUCUCAACCCAGUACUACUCCUGCAAGCACUGUACCAACUACAACUUUUACGUUUGGAGUUGGUGGUGCUGGAGAUGCAGCAAAACCAACAGGAUUCUCGCUUACAUCUACGCCAGUACAAACUAAACCUGGUGGAGUAUUUGGUACUGGAUUAAGUGGUACUCCUGUUCAGAAUCCUGGCUUUACUUUUGGAACACCAACUGCUGCUCCUACAACCACUGUACCUUCACAAACACCUGGUUUAACAUUUAGUACUGAUACAACUGCAAGUACUGGCAUAACUCCUGCAACAACUACUGCAACAGCUCCUACAGGAUUUUCUACACCAGCACCAGCUGGAAAUACUUUAAGCUUUAAUUUAGGAGGUACUACCACAGUGACAACAACAACAGCAGCGUCCUCAGCUUUUGCAUCUAAGCUACUUACUACUGGAUUUGCCUUGGGUGGCGGUGAAACUAUUGUAUCUACUGCUAGAACUGGCUUAACGUUUGGUACACCAAAUACAAUGACAACAGGAACUGGGUUUACUCUUUCUGCAACACCUGUUGUAACUACUGCUAUAGCUACAACCACAACAGCAACAGGUUUCUCUUUAGGUGCAAGUGGUACAACAUCUGCAGCCACAGGAUUUACCUUCGGCACAGGGACAACUUCAACUAGCACAGCAGGAUUUUCUUUAAAUCAGACUGCAGCCACAGCAAGCCUCACAUCUACUCAAGCAUCAUUGGGUACAACUACAACUGUCAGUUCAUCUGCGGGUACACUUCAACCUGCUUCUAUAAAUUCGUUUGAAGAAUCCAUAAAUAAAUGGACCUUAGAACUAGAAGAGCAAGAAAAGGUAUUUGUAAAUCAAGCUGAACAAGUUAACGCUUGGGAUAAAUUACUUAUAAGUAAUGGAGAGAAAAUAGUAGCACUGAAUCAAGAAGUUGAAAGAGUCAAAAUUGAGCAGCAGCAGUUGGAGCAUGAAUUGGAUUAUGUUGUUGGUCAGCAGAAAGAGUUGCAAGACUGUUUAGUACCACUAGAAAAGGAAUUAGCAUCUCUUUCAGUAUCUGAUCCAGAAAGAGAAUACACAUAUCGCUUAGCGGAAGAUCUUGAUACUCAAUUAAAACGAAUGUCAGAAGAUUUGAAGGAAAUCAUCGAACAUUUAAAUCAGGCCAAUCGCACGCAAGAUUCUAGCGACCCUAUUGUCCAAAUUGGCAAAAUAUUGAAUGCUCAUAUGAACAGUUUACAAUGGUUAGAUCAGCAAACAACUUUGCUGAAUCAAAAGAUUCAGCAGAUCGAUCAGAUGCAUCAAAAUUUCAGACAAGAGAAUGAACGAAACUUUAAUUUAGCAUAUAAUUAACGUUAAUCGCCGAAUUUUUUUAAUUGUACCAUGAAGUUCUUUAAGUAGAAAGUUCAUUUUGUAUCAAUUGCCUUUAUGCAUAAAAAAACUCAAGGGCGUGUAAAAAAUAAAGAAUUUAUAUUGUAUGAAAACUGUUUGUUAAAAUUAAUGCAAUUCAAAUAGAUACCGAGGGUAAGAAAUACUGUAUUUUAACAUAAUCUGCUACAUGCAGAAAUAAGUUAACCAUCUUGUCUUGAAGUAUGUUACAUUUCACGCCAUCGGGAUGUGUUAUGUCCCAAGCUAGGAACAUGAAAAACUUCUUAAUAUCUAUAGUAGCCGAUAUUUUGUCUUCUUGACUUUGUUGAGUACAACUCCAAACUUGCAACUUUUGGAAAUGUGUAGACACUGUGGCGCUGUCCGUGUCGAUUUUCAAUACAAACACUCCGGUUUUGUCGGCGCUUAACGUUAAUUGUGGACUCAUGUUUUUCAUCCUUUCUACAAUAUGUUUUACGUGUUUAAGUUGAGGCAUAUCGACCGAAAUCUGGAAAAAAUUAAAAAUAGAAAAAUAAAAGUACAAUGGUUAUAAGAAGUACAUGUUCGCACAUUAUUCUAUUUAUUACAGCAAUUAAAUAUUAAUUAACUAGAUAUAUCCAUUUUCGUACCACUUAGUAAUACUUGAACUGCUACAGAGAUAUGAUACUAUGAAAAUGAAAUAUCAAAUCUGAUAAAAAGCCACUUUAUUGGAAAAGAAGAUACUAAGUUAUAAAUAAGUGCAAAUACUUCCUGUACUAUGAAAAACUAAUAAAAAUUAAGAAAGAACUAGA